CAGGCUUCGUGCUUCGGCUCGGGCGGACUCGGGCAACAGGAUGCGACGGAACACAACUGUCACAAAGACGUUCAUAGCAGAAACCACCAAGGACUCCCUAUGCCCGAUGUGGGCGUAAAGAAUCGUAUUUUAUUGAUUGUCGUAGAAUGACUUCGUUCAUCUUGUCAAAUCUGUGCGAUGGACUAACAUGACAACCUGUUGGUGUUUAUAUUGAACGUCAUUUACUGACUAUAAUUUUAAAAUCUUCAAGCCAAGCAUGAGUCAAGCUUUGUUGUGGCAAGAUGACCACCUUGUGGACCUGAAAUGUGAAGAAACAUUAGUCACAAGUGGGAUCAGCAAUUUUUGUGUGGUAGAGUCUUUUGUGUGUGUUACAUCUAAGGAAGAUAAUACUCUACACAUUGGUCGAGUUGAGGCGCUUCAAGAGAAGAAUUCUGUUACUUUAAUUCCUAGCAAUAUUCAUGCUAUUGACAUAGCGUGUACUGCUGACAAGAAACUUUUAUAUGUGUCUCCUGAUGGUCGCGUGUAUUCUACUAAUCCAACAAGUUUGGAUGUCAGGGAAGAGAUUAUCUUAGAAGAGGACGCGUCAUGUUGUAUACACGGACACAGCACUCCAAGAAAAAGAGUAAGAGUAAAGUCUAUCAGCACAUCGAAGGAAGGAAUCCUCUUUGUUACUCAAAAUGGACAUCUCUGGGCACUGGGAAGUCAUCCUCACUUGGAUGUACAGGCAAAUGAUGGUUUGAAACGUGUCAACUAUUUUCAAGGACGAUUUGUUGCUGCUGUUUCCUGUGGAUCAAAUUUUUCUGUGGCUCUUGUUCAACGCAAGAUUGUGAAAAAUGUUGCCAUCAGUAAUACAACUAGUAGUCUCAACGAAGACAGUGAGGAUGUGUUUGUCUAUGACUGUUCCCGGUGCAUCAGUGAAAGUAGCACUUCACUUUUAUCACAUCAUUCCAUGUCUGAUAUAUGCCCUCUGGGCCUCCCUCUUCGCAAAACAAGUCUUGAUCAUAGUACAUCUUCUACUACUAGCAAAGGAAAUUGUGAUAGGAAGAGUAUUGAUGGCACUACAUCUCCAUCUACGGAGGAUGAAGUGCUCCAUCAGUGUCAUACAUGUACCACUAACAGUGAUAAAAGUGAUGUUUCUUCUCCUAAGACAACACUAGAAGCAGACAAAUCUUUCAUGUCUGAAAAAGAUGUUGGAUCAAGGGACAAGGAUAGUGAAAGUGAGCCAGAUGGUGAAAAGAAGAAUGGCAUCUUUCUGAAUACAGACGUGGCUAGGCAAUUUUUGACCAGACAGUUGUCCUGGGUUUCUAGCUAUGGAAAUGCAGGGGAGGAGUUCCUUGCAGAAUACACAGAAGGAACAACUCGAAUAGUGAGGCAAAACGUUUCUAAUGUAGCAAACCUAGUUUAUGAAGGAGUGCGUACUGUUGGUGGUAAGGUUGCUACACUGUCCAGGCAUGUUAGUGGUGGCUCUGACAGUUGCACAGGUAAUGAAGAUUCUUUUGAAGAGCUAAGCUUAGAAGCAUUACCAGCUGCGUCUUUUCACAGAUUUGAAGACUUUCUAGCAUCCUCAAGUGCUGGGACUAGUGAUCAUGAAGGUGAUGGUGGUGCUGAUAAGUUUGACCCAUCAAUAUGGUGUGAGAUGGGAGCAAACCUGCUUGGUGCUGAAUUGUACAGUUGGGGUUCUGUAUGUCAUGGUCAAUUGGGCAUAGGCGAUUGUAUUAAAAGGGAAAGACCAACUCUCAUCACACGUCUGUCCGGCACUGGGGUUCGGAAAGUAAAAUGUGGAUCUAGCCAUGCAAUAGCUUUGACUCUUGAUGGUCGCAUGUUUGCCUGGGGUGCUAACAACUGCAGUCAAGUAGAUUGGCAGAAUAAUACGAGUUUAAGUUCUCCCUGCCAAGUUCUUUGCGGAUCUGUUGGCACAAUUAAUGACCGCACAUGGGAUAUUGCUUGUGGGGAUAAACAUACUCUUAUGCUCACACAUGGAGGUGAUGUAAUUUUCUUUGGCAAACACAGGAAAGGACAAUCAGGAGUUGGACCAGUGAACCUGUCCAUACCUCAACCUCUUUCACUAGAGGAAGGUGUUGUUGCUCAGAAAAAUUUGUAUGCAAAUGGUCCAUUUUCUUGGUGCUCAGUUUUUUCCGAACCUGCUUCACCUGCUGUCCAAGAUCUUGCCUUGGAACAGGCUUUUUUGGAAGAAUGCCUUCUUGUGCACACAAACCUUGUGCGGCCAUUUCUCAAGAGAGUGGGUGCUGGUGGCUCUGCAGAUGAGCAGUAUAUGUAUGGGAUCUUAUGUCAACGAUAUUCUGAUGUUGUAAGUUUCACCGCAUUAAAUACCCAUUCUUUAUGGGACUUUGCAAGGAAUGGUGCAGAUGCAUGUAAUGUUGCAAUGGUUCGAAAUGCAGAUGAGCAUAUUCAUGUAUUUAAAAAAUAUUUGGAAGCUGCCUGUAAUGUGCUGUCCGUUGGAGGAUUUUUGUUCAUGUCAAAUGUAGUUGAAACACCUCCAAGGAUCAUUGAGUUGUUUGCUGACCGCCUUCCUCCUAUAGGUCCGCUAAAGAAGGGCAUGAAAAGAAAUGUGCAUGAAGCUACCUUCUCAUGUGCACUUCUUCACCCCUUAACUCGAUUAAAUGUUUACAAAUGCAUUCUUCAAAGCUUGAUGCGCUGUAACAAUAGUUCACUGAGCAGUGGAUCUGAGGAACUGAAAAAAAUGCAGUGGGCUUUCAGUAAGUGGGAGGCAUUGUGUGAAGAAUCAGAAAAAAGACGCCGUGAGGCAGAUUUUACCCGACGAUUUUGGGAAAAUGCAGGAAGACUAGUAGACAGUAUCCGCAUUCCUGUAAGAAGGCUAGUGCGAGAGUCACGAGCUCAUCCAAUUCAAGUUGCUAACUCAGGACGGUUUUCAUCUCACUGGAUUGUCUUGUUUAGUGACAUAUUGGUCCAUGUAGCUGGGUCGGUUCAUACUGUUCACCCGUUGUGUACAAUUUGGGUAGAAUCUAUACCUGAUGAAGAAAAUGAUCAGCACGGUCUCAUAAUAACAAUGCCUGAGGAGACUCUCCAUCUUCAGACAACAACGUCUCAGGAGAAAGUUGAAUGGCUCCAGGCACUGCAGGCCACUAUUCGGUUUUGUGUGAGCAAGCCUCAUUCUCAGAUGGGUUCUCUUGCAGCCCGCCAUGCAACUUACAUCUUUACUAAAGGACACCUAAAAGAUGCUAAGUACAUAGGACGGUGGCUGAAUGGGAAGAUGCAGGGUUGGGGUCACCUAGAAUGGCCUGAUGGGAAAACUUAUGUUGGCCAGUUCCUCAAUAAUCAGCAGCAUGGUUAUGGCAGACUUGAUGCUCCAAAUGGAGAUCAAUUUGAAGGACAAUGGCGAGAUGGAUACCAAAAUGGACGCGGUAUUUUAAAGUGUGAAGGUGGAGAUGUUUAUGAUGGGUUUUUCAAAGAUGGAUUACCUCAUGGUCAUGGAACACGUAGAGAAGGUCAUUUCACAGCCAAUGUUGCCUCAUUAUAUAUUGGAGAGUGGGCAAAUGGAGUAAAGCAAGGGUAUGGUGUAAUGGACAACAUUAAUACAGGAGAGAAAUAUCUUGGUUGUUGGAGUAACAAUUUGAAGCAUGGCUGUGGUCUUAUUGUUACUCUUGAUGGCAUUUAUUAUGAAGGCGUAUUCAUGCAAGACACUUUAACUGGUCAUGGUGUCAUGGUAUUUGAAGACGGUACACAUUAUGAGGGAGAGUUCAAGUCUGCAGGAUGUUUCAAUGGCAAGGGAACUCUAACUUUGAACACAGGAGAUCGCCUGGAGGGGUCUCAUCAAGGGAUGUGGAAUGAAGGAAUCAAGUUUUCCGGGACAUUAUUUAAGAAUUCUUGCAUAUCAAGUUCUUCUCCUCUAGCACCUGAUAGGGCUGAGUCUAAACCAAAUUCGUUUGGAAAGUUGUGUGUGUCACCAAAUCAGAAAUGGAAGUCUAUAUUUCGUCAAUGCUUAACUCCUCUGGCUGUGCCAUCAUCUAUCAUAGAAGCAAUUUCAUGCGGUUCCAAAUCUGUGAUCAAAUCUGAUGUGGAAAGCAAUGGUAUUUCCAUUCCUCCAUUAGAUCUUCAGAGACUUUGGGCUAGUGUAGCAGUUGCAAUCAACACAUCUCUUCAAGAAUCAGCAGCAGCCGCCCGAUCACAAAAUAAAGUGAGAAGUCAAGAUUCUCUAAAAGAUUUAGACACUAUUCCACAGUGGGGAAGAGACCAGCUUGAUAAAAAUUCUUAUACGAAAAUGCAUCAUUAUCUUGUAAAGGCAUUUGAAAGUUCUCAUCAUCCCUUGGGUAUGCUUCUUGCUGAGCUUACCACAGCAUACACUGCCACCUAUGGUGGAGUGCGAGUUCACCCUCUACUAUUGAGUCACGCUGUUGCUGAACUCCAUUCAAUAGUGGCACGAGUUUAUGAAGUUGUGAGAUUACUAUUUCCAGCACUGCCCCAAUAUGGCCAAGAAUUCCUUCUUAGUUCAUCACCUGAAAAAAAUGAUACAGAAUCUGAUGUGGACAGGCAGCCUGAGGAGGGCGAGGUAGUUAGUGCUUCAGCUUUACUGCAUCCUUUUGUCCUUCCAAGAGUUCAUGCUGCCUUAUUUGUACUUUAUGCAUUGCAUAAUAAAGCAGAGGAUGAUGCUUAUUGGAAACGUCUUCUGAAGUGGAACAAACAACCUGACAUGACUCUACUUGCAUUUCUUGGAAUUGAUCAGAAGUUUUGGAUACAUUACUCAAGUGAACCAAGCACCCUCAGCACUAGUAAAGGACCAAAGCCUCCAUUUUCGCCAUCAAGAGAACAAUUAUUCACAGAAGCUGUUGAAACAUUGCAACAGCUUAAAACAACAUUUUCUCCAUUGGAAAAGUUACUUGUUAUCCGAAGCACUUUUGAACAACUUACGCAGGCUGUGAAACGGGAAGUUGGAACAGAAUAUCUGUGGACUAUGGAUGAACUGUUCCCAGUAUUUCAUUUUGUAGUGGUACGUUCCCGUAUUCUUCAACUGGGUUCAGAAAUUCACUUUAUUGAGGAUUUUAUGGAACGCCAUCUUCAAAAUGGAGAGUUGGGAAUAAUGUUCACAACACUGAAAGCAUGUUACUAUCAAAUACUCCAGGAAAAAAUAAGUUUGAGUAGCUGAAACCAACUCGAAAUCGAUCCCUUUAUUGUAUUGAUACAGUACUAGAAUGUCUAAAGCUACAUAUAUUGUGGUCUAGAAAAUUAAAUUUCAUGUACGAUUGGGUCCAAUAUGAACAUUCUGCUGUGACAGUUAAGAUUGCUCUGCACAGUUUGGACCCUCUCUAGACUUUUAUCUCUACUCUAUAACUAUGAUUGUGAUGAAAUGUCAUCAUAUGAACCCCGCAAUUUAGGGUUCCAAACGAUUCUUCAAAAGAAAUGUCCUUCAAUUAUUUUUUUUCUUAUCUUUUUUUAAAAGAUCUCUUUGUACACCAAUUAAGAUUGAUUAAAUUAUUUUUCUCUCACUAUUUAAUAGAGCAGAGAAAAAGUGAAUUUUUAGAAAGAUAUCAAAACUGAACUUUUAUUAGGGUUUAAAAAAAUAUUUUAUGAUACACAUUAUUGUGGGAUGAUAUUAUACACAUUUUCAAAAACAAUAAGCCUGUGAUUUACCCUGUUGUUAAUGGUCGAUGAAGUCUUGUGAGACAAGUCACCUCACGGUGAGGGGCUUCAGCUGAGGCAGCUUGCUUCAGAUGUUUUCAGCCAAUCAAAGUCCUCAAAAGCCUCUGAGGCGAGUUGCCUCAUCGUGAGGCGGGCGACUCGCUUCACGAGACUAGAUUCACCACAAGUGCUACUGGUCAAUCUACUCAUAUUCUAUACAUACAUAGAAGUAUGUGUGUUUGUGGUUUUGAAAAAGUUUUGAUUAUUAACAUAUUAUUUUUGAGAAGAGAUUGUUUACCUUUAGAGUUUCUAUAGCAUUGCUCAAUGAUAUUUUUCUGCAUGAAAUGUGUUUGCUUGAUAAAAAGUGAUGCUAUUGUACGCCUCAAUUUUAUUUAAGUGACCUUUUAUUGUUAUGGUAUAUUAUAUCAACUAGAGAGCAAUAAUGGUGAAUGAUAAUGCGUGGUAAGUGACACUGUAACACUAACUGUGAAACCUGUGGCCUCCCCUGAAACAGUGCCAAAAUUUGGCAUCCAAUUAGGACAUAACUUUGGAGUUUUGGAAAAAAAACAUUAAAAAUUUGUAUUCUAAGACAUUUUCUUGACAUUCACAGUAUUAGAAUUUUGCAUCUGUGGAAUUUGUGACUUUCUUCUUUAGCCAAUCUUAUAUAUUUUGGUAACGUGAUUUGCUGAUAUUUCAGACAGUUUAUUUAAGAAUUGACAGUGCUUCUGUGUACUUUGUGACUUUCCUCUUCAGCCAAUCUAAUAUAUUUUGGUAAAGUUAUUUGCUGUUAUUUCGUACAGUGUAUUGAAGCCUUUAAAGUAUUUCUCAAAGUUUUGCAUUUAAAGAAAUCAAAAUUUAUUUUUAAAGGAGAAGAAAGCAAUUAAUUCUUAUACUUUAAGUCUCGGAUGGAUUGAAAGUAGUGCAUGCCGAACAUAAUGUGAAUUUCAUUAUUUAUUUUUGAUUGAAUUGUAGCAGACAUGUUGUUCUUUUACUUGUCUAUGUUGUGAUUCAUGCUCACAUUAGAUGUUGUUGACCAUGAUAUCAAAGCUUUUUAAGUUAUCCAAAGUUUUGACCUUGAAGCUCCUUCGAUUCGGUAUCCAUAAUAUUGAUGAUUUAUGCCUUGCUCAAUCUGUGGAAGCCAUGAUGUAAUACCAUGAUAUAAUUUUCUUAAGUAACCAUACUUUUGUGUUCUAUUAUGUACAAGGACUGCUGCUGGUUGUUUUUUUUGUUUUGUUUUUUUGUCAUUUGGUUGUCUUUGUUUUAGACAAGUGUAUUUUGUACACUAACUCCCACGAUCAGUUUGGGGUAUAUUCUAGUCUUUACUAGUUUGUGUGAUCUCAUCAAUGAGUUUUGUUAAGGAAAGUCUUAUGCAUGUAAUUCCAUUUUUAGAUAUAAGGAAUCAUUUAAAAUUUGUAUUUCUCAUUCUGAUGUCUAAUGUACCUAAUUGACAGUUUUAACUUCUAAGACUAAGAUAAAUAAUUUUCAAACUUAAAGAAGGUAAAAAGUUAUAAAUGAAUUUAAGCAGAGGCCUGCAUCCCUCUCAUUUGAAAAGGGUGAGAUGGGGAUAGGUGCAAGGCGCGUUACCUGGCCGGCAGCGGACUGUCUUUGUGCGCUUUCUUCCCCUCCGGUCACCUCUCGGACCCGACAACCCGACCCAUGCAGGUCUAUUCCUUAGCCAGUAAGCACACCAAAUGAAGAGGAGUAAGGGAUGUGGCAAAAUAAACCUUAGGUAUAUUUCUUUUUGUAAAUACGUAUUGUACAACAGUCGUUAGCCAUAUCUCCCCUUCCAUGACAUUGUGAUAGUUUCUCAAGUCAAUGAGUUAGUCAUAUGUGAUCAUCCAAAUACUCAAAAAUAUGAAAAUGUAUUUCUCUGUUCAAUAUUUUAUUUAAAAAUAUGCUUUACCUUUAUGCUGAUGGGAAAUUAUACAGUAUACCAGCUAA